CGCAAUAACAAAGACAGUCGCAGUUAGCUCAGAGAUGGUGACCAGAGAUCACUAAUUAUUUCGUAAUAAUUUUAAUUACUUAAAUUUUUUAGUGUAAGUGUAAAAUAGUGAAAAUGUCGGGCAAAGGAAAUAAAGUGCCGUUCGAGAAGGCGUUAGAUAUGACAGGUUAUGGGAUCUACAACUGGGGUAUAUUCCUGCUGAGCUCCAGCAUCAUCCUGGGUAUGACCUUCGAGAUCUUCUCCGUGUCGUACUUGGUGCCGGCCAGCGCCUGCGAGCUCGGCACUUCCAGCAAGCAACAAGGACUGAUGGCAUGUGUACCACUCGUUGGUAUAAUCGCUGGUUCUCACAUCUGGGGCUACCUGGCUGACACCAAGGGAAGGCGGAAGGUCCUCAUCAUAUCCAUGACGUUGAGCUACAUCGCGGGCACUGCUGCUGCCUUCUCCAAUAACUGGAUUGUUCUCAGCUUAUUAAAGUUGAUGUCUUCAGCAUCUGUUUCCGGAGCGUUCCCGUUGUCUGUGACGCUGCUCAGUGAAUGCACUCCAAUUUCCAAGAGGAGCUCGCUGGUGCUGCUCACCACGAGCGUACACUUAGCAGGCAUAGGUGUCAUGGCAGUCGUAGCGAUACCAGUUCUGCCUCUAACCUUCUCUUACUACUGGCCAGCCAUUGGCAUCUACUUUAACUCCUGGCGGUUUUUGGACCUCAUAUUCGCUGUACCCUGUGCUAUCAGCGCCAUUGGGAGUUAUUGUGCCUUCGAGAGCCCUAAGUACCUUUUGUCUGUGGGAAAAGAAGAAGAGACCCUAAAAGUCCUGAAGGGCAUCUACACCAUGAACACCAGGAAGAGUUCUGAUGGUUAUGAGGUUCAUUCGGUAGAACUAGACGAGUCCAGCUCGACCAACUACAAGAAAGGCUUCUGGGGAUCCAUAGCGGCGCAGACUUUGCCGUUGAUAAAGGCUCCGUUACUGAAAAGCACUCUCCUGGUGGCUACCCUUUUAGUCAUUUGUUAUAUUUCCAUGAACGGUUUCUUCGUGUGGCUGCCAUUCAUCGUGAACGCUUUCAUGAAGUCAGUUAUCGGUGGAGACAGGCAGCUGACAAUUUGCCAGAUGAUCAGACAUUCUGCCAAUUCUACGGUAGUUCACGAGGCCAACGAUUGCUCCAUGAACAGCGUAGCUAUGACAGUUGUGUUUGUCAUCAAUAUGGUGUUAGCUACCGCAAACAUCUUCAUCAGUAGCAUCGUCAACUGCUUCGGAAGAAAAAGGCUCUUUAUUACUAUGCAGGUGGUGGCUGGGCUCUCAGCGCUGGUCAUCAACUUCAGUCCCUACUGGAUCCUCAGCGCGACCCUGCUGGUGACGUUCCUCUCUGCUAUCCUCAACUUUGGAUUAAUCAAUACCAUCAGUGUAGAUGUCUUUCCUACAUACGUCAGAGCCAUGGCGGUGUGCGCAACGAUGAUGGUGGGUCGAGCUAGCUCCGUCCUCAGCAUCAACAUGAUCAAGCUGCUUCUGGACUACAACUGCGAAGCUGUCUUCUACAUCUUUGGAACUAUUACUUUAGGAGGCGGCGCCAUUGGGUUAUUGCUUCCGUCAGAAAAAAAGAAAAACAAUGAAACCACUACAAACGCUUAGAAAUAUACAAAGGCUUAGCAAUUACAUGUGCCAGAUCACAAGUCACUGUUAAACAAUUUUCUUGAAGAAAAACUAUGACAAAUUGUAGUUCAGUCCAUUAUUAUCUUCAAAAUUUGGAUAUGUUUAUCCAAUAUAAAUAAUAAAUAUUUUAUUUCGGUACAAUUUUCUUAAGAAAACUGCACUUAUUUCAAUUGUACACUACAAAAAUUGUAACAUUGUCCUGAACACGUUCAAUUUAUUUUUGUAUAAUCAUUAGAUAAAAAGUUCAUGUAAUGUUUAUGUAAUCGUUAUAUGGGUGAACACGUCUUACUUAUAAUACUUAUAUAAUUAGGAUUUCUAUCCUAACUUCCCUUUUUAAGUCGUUUCUUUUGAGUUUGCCAAUCUCAGAAUUUCGUAUCUGGGUACCAUAUCAUAAUCGAAACAAAUUCAGGGAUCGCUGUCCCUUCUAAAUGACCAAACAAUUCUUAAGAUGCGACUAUUUUGUGGACUGGUAUUUCAAAGAAAUUCACAGACCCAUCUAAAUCAUGAGCACCAAAUCCUGAGCCUGAUCAAUUAGGUCAUGGGGCAACCAUUUUUGAACGCGCCACGUAUCACAUGUAUAACAAGAUAGGAAAAAAUGUUAUAUUUACACUUACGAAUCCCAAAAUGUAUAAAUAUAUAUAGGAAAUAAAUCUGGUUUAGGAAAAUAAAUCCGUGGUAGAGACAGGUAAACCUAAAUUACAACUUUUCUCAAAAAAGUCGCUGUCAUAGGCAAAUCUGGGCGUAAAUAUGGGCGUACUUUACUUUGUUAAUUUUUUCUGCGUGUAUAUUCUUAAGCCUGUUAUUUUUUUACUUCUUAAUACUCAGUAUGUACUAUUAUUUUAUUUUUUUAAGCUUGCCAUAUAACAUUACAUAUUAAUUGUUGUUAAUGUAAAUACUUUACUUAUUAACUUUUACUCAGCUGUACUUAAGUAUUUCUAGUUAGUAUUCUAAGAUUAAGAAAAUAAAGUUUAGUGGUAAUAAUAA